AUGCCCUCCACCGCGCCGCCCGCCGCCAUCUACAGCCCGGAGGAGGUCACUGGGGUCCUCCACACCCUCGUCACAGCGGUCCAGGAGAUCCGGCUGUACUUGGCCAGCCCCUACGGGCCUCCGCCACCCUCGCUACUGGCUGCCGCCACCGGUCCGCCGGCCCUACCGUGGUACUCGCCGCACUCGGCGGCCUCCGUGGCGUUCGCUAGGCCGCUGCAGCCGCCGCCCGCCACCACCCCGCAGUGGCCGUUGCCGGUUCUCAUGACGCCCCCCGCGCCCAUCGCCCCCAUGCAGCAGCCGCCCCCCGCCAGCACUCCCAUCUGGCCGCAGUGGCCAUCGACGGCCCUCGCGGCUUCCACCACGCCCGUCGCCCACAUGCAGCAGCUGCUGCAACUUCAUCCCGCCGCGCCCGUCGCACCCAUGCAGCAGCUGCUGCUGCCCCAGGCACCCCCGCCGCUCAGCACCGGGCCGACGACGACCGCGCCGACAGGUGUUCCGAUCCAGCAGGUCCGGUUCCCAACCUCACCGUCACCGCUUCCGGCGUGGUUGGCCGGGUCGACGCCACAGUCGGUCUACACUAUGGCCGGGGAACAGCCGGCACCCACCCUGCAGUACGGCGGGCCCUCCGGCUCCGCGGGUGCCUGCGCUGGACCCGCCGGACCGCCGUUUCGCGGGGGACCCCCGGUGCCCACCGACCCGGCAUCAUCCUCUUCGCUGGCCCGUACUGCCGAGCCAUAUGCCCAUGGGGUCCGACUCUGA